CCUGGCACCCCGAACUUAAAUAAACCAUUUCUGCUUACCUCGUUAAGUGUUUGCCGAUAAUAAUAAAUGAUAGAAACAAAACGGGUGCAAAUUAAACAAAAAUAAUACUUCGUGUGCCGUUAAAUCGGCUUCUGAUCAACGGCUAUAAACACGUCCAAGUUCGUUGAUUUGGCAUUUUUUUUUUGUAUUCAUUUCGUAUCAGUCGGCGCUGCGUCUUCAAACGGUAAACACACGCAACUGUAAGCUGGAAAAACGGAAAAAUCCAAUUGGAAAUCGUUUAACGCAACUGAAGCGAACGAAGAAACAAAAAAACAGCUGCGCCUGAAUUAUUUACGUUCAAUCAAAAGCUGCAAUUUAUCAAUAAUCAAUGAGCACAUUACGUAUACGCCCCCUUAAGCCGGCACUGCAGGCGAUUGCCGUACAGGAGCUGAACGAGGUGCCGCAUCGGGUCGGCGACGACAUUGAGGCUUUGAGGGAUUGGGUGCUUAAGCAGUCGCAUUUGCGGGGCUGCACCGAUCAACAGUUUCUGUUGGCCUUUUUGCGCGGCACCAAAUUCAGUUUGGAGCGUGCCAAACAGAAAUACGAUCGCUUCUAUACGCUGCAAGCAUCCAUCCCAGAGGUAUUCAAUGAGCGACGUUUGGCAACGGAUCCAUUGGUCAUAGAUAUUAUACGCUCUGGCAUCUUGCUACGUAUACCGCAAGACGAUGAAGAUACCGGACCCUGCGUGUCCAUCAUACGCGCCGGAUCGUACGAUACCAGCAAAUAUAAAUUUCAGGAUAUUAUACGCGUUGGUUCCAUGUUCGGCGAGAUCAUGAUGUUCGAGGAUGAAAAUGCAACUGUUUCCGGUUACGUUGAGAUCAUGGACAUGAAGGGCGUAACUGGCACACAUCUGUUCGCCCUGCAGCCGGAGCUAUUGCGUAAAUUCUCAGCGUAUGCCGAUGAGGCAAUGCCCACACGCCAGAAGGGGAUACAUUUCAUCAAUGUGCCGCCAGCCUUUGAGACGGGUUUCAAUACAUUGCGAUCGUUCUUUCCGGCUAAGAUUAAGAGUCGGAUUUCAGUGAGUUCCGAUCCAGAUGCCAUAUUCAAUAUUGUGCCCCGGGAUUAUUUGCCUCUGGAAUAUGGCGGCACUCACGGCCUUGUCGAGGACAUUAGCCACGCCAUGGAAAGGAAACUUAUCGGCUACGCACAAUAUUUCCUGGCAUCGCAGCACUUUGGCACCGAUGAAAAGCUGCGCGACUUUAGCAGUCCCGCUCUGGAUAAAUGCAGCUCGUUCGGUGCAGUCGGUUCAUUUCGAAAAUUGGAAAUCGAUUAAACUGGAUUAUCAGCAAUUUUAUAGACAAUUCGCUUUACGACUGCACAUUACAAAAUCAAUUUAUGAGCAAUGCCUUGUUAAGCUUAUCGUAUAAUCAUGUUUACCUGGCGAUAUUAUUAAAUUGCUCUACUUAACAUAGUGCACGGUAGGGUAGUGCAUCCUCUAUAGUAGCUGACCUUGCAAAAAUCGAAGUAUUUAAAAAAUUAA